CCUAUAAAUUACUUUAUGCAUCAUUUAAAACUAAAAUUUUACAAUCAAAAACUAUUUAUUUUUAUUUUGUUGAAUUUUAUCUAAAUAAAAAAAAAAAAUUUUUUUUUUGCUAAUUCAUUUAAUAGCCGCUCAAUAUCAAUAUAAAUCGUUCUUGAGCUAGAUAAUUUUUUUAAAACGUAAAAUGAAUAGUUCUAACGCUACUAAAAGAAGAAAAAAAGGAAAAGGAUUCAAACCAAAAGAACCUUACACUAAUCGUUUACGUAAAAUUCUCGAUGAAUAUCCUGAUGGUUCACAGGUUCUUCGUGAAAUUCUUCAGAAUUCCGAUGAUUCCAAGAGUACCGAACAAAUUUUUAUUUUGGAUCAUAAUACAUAUCCAUCAAAUAGUUUACUUGAACCAGAGGAGGAUAGCUAUGAAAGAACAAAUCUAAAACUUGAUAGAUAUCAAGGUCCAGCACUUUUAGCUAAGAAUAAUACUAUUUUCGAGGAAAGGGAUUUUGAAUCUUUGCUGAAAUUAGCUGAUAGUGAGAAACAAGAUCAAUUUGAUAAGAUUGGAGUAAUGGGUGUCGGCUUUAAUUCGAUUUAUCAUAUUACCGAUUCACCUUCUUUUAUUACUGGUGAAAAUUAUGUCAUUCUUGAUCCACACGAAUGGUAUUUUGAUGGUGGUGUCAAAUUCAACUUUGUCGAUGAUAAUUUGGCCGAAGAAUACCCGGAUCAAUUCGCUCCCUUCGGAAUUCCAUGUGAUAGAUCAUUUAAAGGCACCCUCUUUCGUUAUCCUCUCCGUACUGAUGAAGAUUCUAUUGAUUCGAAAAUUUCUGAUAAAGUAUAUAAACCUGAUGAAAUUUUAGAGAUGUUUCAUAAAUUUUAUGAAAAAGAAAGCGUAAAUUGUUUAUUGUUUUUAAAAUAUAUUGAACGUAUUCAAUUCUAUGAAUUGAAAGAAGGUGCUACUGAACCUGAAUUACUUUACACAAUUCAGUUGGAAAAUAUUGAUGACCACAUUCGACAACAACGUCGGUUAAUAGUUGAAAAAAUUGUACCAAUGAUGAAAUCAUUAAAAUUAGGAGAACUUAACGGAAAUAAUCAGUUAGAUACUUCUUAUGUUGCAUCAUUUUCUCGAAAGCGAAAAGAUGAUUCUAUAGAAAUUAGCUCAUGGUUAAUUUUAAAUUAUCUUGAUGACUUACUUGAAGUCGAAAAAUAUUUUUAUGAGAACUUUAAUAAAUAUAUAGGAGAUUAUAAAUUUAUUCCUAAUGUUGGUUUAGCUGUUCCUUUGAAUAAUCCGGAUGCUGUUGGAAGAUUAUUCUGUUUUUUACCUCUUCCUAUUGAUAUGCCCUUUCUCGUUUCCGUACAUGGAUACUUUGCGGUUAGCACCAAUCGACGUACCUUAUGGUCGCCUGCCGACAAUGAAGACCUAGCGGUUGAUGCGUUAGCGCGUUUGAAAGUUGAAUGGAAUAAAUAUUUAUUUGAAAAAGUCUUACCUAAAGCUUGGGCAAAAUUUCUUAAUGAACUUCCGCUUAAAGUUUCUAAUCUUCGAUCAGGUGAUUUACAUAAAUUCUGGCCAAGAGAUAAUGAAGGAACUUCUAGCAUUAGUUCUUUUUGUAAGGAUCUAUUACAAAAUGUCAUAGAAAAUCUUAAUAUUGAUGAUCGUGUAUUCAGAGGACCUCCUUCAUCAAAUACCAUUGGAGUAGUAUCUAAAGCUUCAGCAGAUUCGUAUGAUACACCCUUAUUUCAAGAAUCCGAAUUUCAUUGGCUUUCUCUUUUAAAUGGCUAUUUGGAGGAUGAAAAAUCGCGAAUUUAUGAAUUACCUAAAAUAAUUGGAAGUAUUGGGUUUCCAUUCAUAUCAACCUUACCUACCAUCCUCAACGCCUUAAAAAAAUCUACUAAACACGAAGAUUCCCUCCAUUUUUUUACUCCUGCCACCAUUCGUAAUUAUUUAAGGUGUAAUAGUGAUAGAUGGCAGGAAGGUGUAAUAUCAAGAAAAGAAAUCUUAUAUUUAUUUGAAUAUAUAUUAGAGGACAAAAAGUUUGAUGAAUUAGAAGGUUUUAAAAUGAUUCCGCUUGCAGAUGGUACGCUUGGUACUUUAACACAAUCUGGUAAUUCUUACGCGUAUAUUGGCCCAGAUGAAAUUCUUAAAACUCAUAAAAACGAUGAAUGUAAUAUUUUCAAAGAUCAACUGAAUAAGUUCAUUGAUAAAUCGAUUAACAAUUAUACACUAUAUCACUGCUUACAUGAAAAUGCAAAAGCAAAAUGGAUUUUAAAUAUAAAAAUAUUGGAUGAAUUUGCUGUUGGUGAUAUGAUUAGAUAUUCAUUGAAUUAUACAGAGAAUACACAAGAUUCUGAAGAAAUACCAAUGCCAAAUAAUUAUGAAUGGAUUUAUCAAUUAUGGGAUAACCUAAAAUUUAGAAAUUGGGAUUUAACUAAAUUUGAAGAUAUUCAUUUAAUUCCGACAAAUCAUUCUACUCUUAGAAAGUUGAAGACUCCUAGAAAGACUUUUUCGGGUAAAAAUAUCUCAAACAAUUCUUUAAUUUCUAUUUUCGAAAAAUUUGGUGCUGUUUUCGUUGACAGUGAAUUUGAUAGACAAAUUUCAGAAUGGAAUAAAAUAUCUCCAUAUAUUAUUAAGCCUGAUAACAUUAUAUCGGUUUUGGAUUCCUUCCGUGCUAAUGCAUCAUAUCCAGAUAAUUUGAAAAUAAAUUUACAGAGUAGCGAAGCAACAGCGCUCGUUGAACAUUUAUCUAAUUAUUUACGGCUUGCUAAUAAAUCUAAUCUAAUACGAAAUCAUAUUGAUGUUAUUAAACAUCUUCCUAUUUUUAUCGAAGUUGACCAUACUUCACCAAUUCCAUUGUUACCAUUACAACCUGAAAACAAAAGUUGGUAUCUUUUACCUCGUGAAGAAGAAAAAUCAUAUGGUAAAAUUAUUUAUCCAAGUGAUAAGGGAGGAUUUAUUAAUACUAUCUCACAAAAUAUGUGUUAUAUAUUGGAAGAUAUUAUUAAAAUUCCUCGAUUAACUGUAAAUGAUUAUUGGAGAAGAUAUGUAAUACCAUUUCUUGAAUCACAAAUACCGGGAGACAUAGAUAUAGUUGUUGACAAACUUUUUGAUCGAUUAACAUCUUUACUUGAUGUUGAUGCUAGCUUAAAGGAUGAUCUUGGAAGAAGAUCUUUUGUACCCGUUGGUACAAUUAGAAUGUCGCAACAACAACAAACGCCUAAUGUUAUAAUUUUGGCCAAACCAAUGGAACUUUUUGAUCCAAAAGCAAAGACAGUGACUGAUCUAUUUUUUGAAGAUGAGCAACUUUUUCCUGCCGGUAGAUAUGGUAGCCCGCAAAAGUACCUUCCAAAUUUGAAGUUGUUAGGAAUUAAAUCAGUUCUUACCCCAAAUGAUAUUAUUUCUCGAAUCGAUGCUAUUAUAAAACGAAGAGAAACUACCAAUGAAGAACUCGUUCGUAUCAAGGCAGAUAGGCUUUUAAAGUAUAUUGAUGAUAAAUGGGAUCAGAUAACUAAAAAUAGUAAUGCGUCCUUGGAAGCUCUUUUAGAAAAAGAAUGGAUACCUACAGUUGACGAAUCUGGAAAAAAGUUUUUUUCGAAACCUAGAGAAUGUUAUGGUAAAAAAUAUAAAUAUCUAGUUUGUUUGGCUGCACCUGUAUUAGAAUAUAAUCUUAGAAAUCGUAACUUAUUAAAAUAUUUAAAGUGGGACACUUGUCCCGAUGUUGGAAUUGUCCUAAAACAAUUGGAAUUUUGUCGUAGUGAUGUGAAUAAUAAAAGACCACCAAAGGAAUUAAGAUCUAUUUGUAACGCUAUUUAUGAAUAUAUGAAUGAAGCUUUUCAAGCAAAUGACGAGACAUCAAAAGAAAGAUUUAAUUUUAUCAAUAAAUCUUUAAAAAAUGAAUCAUGGAUUUUAUGCGGAGAUAAAUUUCGUUCAAGUGAUAAAGUUGUCAUCAAUCUUCCUAAUAGAUUUCAGGAUAAUGAUUCUUUAAUUGUUAAACUACCUAUGGAGUAUUAUAGAUUCAAAGAUUUAUUUAAACAUAUGGGAGUUCGAGACGAAAUUGGAGUCAAAGAUUUGGUUAAUUUUAUUAAAAAUAUGGUCAAGGAAGAUAAAAAUAGAGCCUUAGAUACACAUGAAGUAGACAGCGUUAUUAUGAUCCUUGAACAAAUCGCCAGGAUACGAAAGGAUAAUAGGAGAGAAGGAAAUGAAAAUGAUACGGAAGAAUUGGAGGGAUUGUUGAUUCCAAGCGAUAAAAAUGUACUUGUUGACUUUCAUGAAAUUCAUUUUGAUGAUAUGGAAGGUAGACUGAACGGACUAAACGAACUAAACGAAUAUUCUAUUAAACAUAUUGCUCAUUACAAUAUAACUUCGGAUAUUGCUACGAAAUUAGAAAUUCAAACUUUAAUAGGAGAAAUAUAUGGUAAUUCUGACUGGGAAAUCUUUGAACAAGACGAGUCAUUGACUACCAGAAUAAAAAAUAUUCUCAAGGACUAUUGGAUGGGCUAUCUAUUUAGAGAAUUUCUUCAAAAUGCAGAUGACGCUAAAGCAGAACAUUUUUUGGUAAUCAUAGACGAAAGACAAUUUAACUUUCCUAAUAAAGAAUUCAUUUCAAAAAAAAUGGAAGAUUGGCAAGGUCCUGCGAUAUGGAUUUAUAAUUCUGCAGUAUUUUCUUCUGUUGCUCCUAAUGAUGACUUUAAAUCUUUGCGCAAUCUUGGCAUUGGAGGGAAAUCUAAUGAUGACACGAAAAUUGGAAAAUUCGGGAUAGGAUUCAAUUGUGCGUAUCAUUUCACAGAUUUACCUAGCGUCUUGAGCGGACAAUAUAUUGCAUUUUUAGAUCCGCAUGCAAAAUAUCUUCCUCCCACAGGAUUUCCUCUUAAAAGACCAAAAGGUACUCGAUUUGAUUUCGUUGCCAAGAAUUUAAAAGAAAAUUGUCCAGACCAAUGCUACCCAUAUGAAGCGAUAUUUAAUUUUAUUAAGAAUAAAUUUCCAGAUAAAUACAAAACAGGAGGUUGUGAUUUUUCAGGAGAAUUCGAGGGAACCUUAUUUAGACUCCCACUCAGAACUCAUAAAUUAGCAAAAGAUAGUGAUAUAUCAACCAAAGUUAUUAGUACUCAUAAAGUUAUGGAACUAUUCAGUAAUAUUCAGGAUAAUAAUGAGAUGCUAUUUUUAAGAAAUAUAGAAUCGUGUGGUCUAUAUCGCAUGAAAGGUAGAAAACCUGAAUUGCUCUGGGAAGAGGAAAUUACGACAAAAGAACACCGUCAAUUUCGUCGAAAAGUUAUUGACAAAGAACAAAUCUAUCAAUUGAAUAUUGAUAAAUCUAAUUAUGUACAAAACAAAAAAGUUUCGGAGAUAUGGGCUGUAUGUACGGGAGGACAUAACAAGGUCAAGCCGGAGUCAAGGGAACUUGAAGGAAAGCUUAAAAAAUUUUCAGAGGAAAAACGACUGAAGCCAAGAGGUGGAGUUGCAGCUUUGCUUGCUCAAUCUAAUGAAAAAACAUUGAAGGAAUUAAGAGAUGAUUCGGUAAAAUUUUUUCUUUCUUUGUAAUAUUUGCCUAUCAAGUAUUAACCCAAUUAAUUUUUGCAUUAUAGUUUCCAAAUCCUCCCGAUCUUAUAGGAAAAAUUUAUUCAUAUUUAUCUCUAUCAAUAACUAGCAAUUUGG